GUUGCUACUCCAUCGCACAGACAGUUCCACAUGAUAGACUGCUCCGCGAGAAGCGUCACUCUCGUGCGGUCUCACGGCUUCUGUUGCGGCCGAUUCAGUGCAGGGAGUCGUUUUCGAGCUUGCGAAGUGGCUCUCUUGUCAUUCCCCUGCUUCUUCCGGCGGCCAUUUUGAUGCAGAAUUGCGAAUUCUGCAGAAUAUGUUGAGAACUCGUCUUGGGGGUUUUCGGAUGAGGAGCUAAAACCCUAGAGGGACGGACAAUUCUGUGGAGCUUGCUUGUAAUCCUGCAGUACAAUAGAAUAAUAGAGCGACAUGUCGACGCUUUCGACUCAUGCUCGCGUGUCGUCACUGUCGUCAGUGUCGACAGCGUCGAAUGUGGUGGCAAAUGUGGCUGUGAGGCCGUGUAUGAUAGUAUCUCUUCUGCCGGUUGCGAGAGGGUUGUGCUCUAGGAAGGGGUUGAUGUCGCGUGGACCUCUCCGAAGACAUUCUUGUAUGAAGAGUGUUUCAGUAAUGCCGAGAGCUUCUCUCGGUCAACUGCCUGACCCUGAACAGGUGGACUUGUACAUUAAUGCGUUGUCCCAGACGCCGGACGCCCUGCAGGGAUUGCUUUCGCGGACCGAGGGGCUCUUUUUCACAUUGGCGGAUGUUGCUGUGGCGACUGAUCCCAGCCAGGUCACCGACGCUGUAGUGCAGAAGCAGGACGGAGGCUGGCUUGGAGGUGUCUCGAAUUCUCUUGAGAUAGCUCUUACCUUUUUGAAGGAUACCAUUGCUAAGCUAGGCAUACCUUAUUCGUAUGGUUUCGCAAUUAUUCUUUUAACUAUUUUAGUGAAGGCAGCUACUUAUCCUCUUACAAAAAAGCAGGUAGAAUCAACUUUAGCUAUGCAAAACUUACAACCUAAGAUAAAAGCUAUUCAGACUCGCUAUCAGGGGGAUCAAGAGCGCAUUCAAUUAGAGACUGCAAGAUUGUAUAAGCAGGCUGGAGUCAACCCUCUCGCAGGGUGUCUGCCUACUCUCGCAACCCUACCAGUAUGGAUUGGAUUGUAUCGUGCUCUAUCAAAUGUUGCUAAUGAGGGGCUCUUGACUGAGGGGUUCUUCUGGAUUCCAUCCUUGGCAGGCCCUACAACGAUUGCUGCUCGUUCCAGUGGGAGUGGCAUUUCGUGGCUAUUUCCCUUUGUGGACGGUGCUCCUUCUUUGGGGUGGGCCGACACAAUCGCUUAUUUAGUGCUGCCUGUACUCCUCAUCGGGUCGCAAUAUGUCUCCAUGCAGAUAAUGCAACCACCAACGACUAAUGAUCCAGCUCAAAAUCAAUCUCAGUUGAUUUUAAAGUUUUUACCUCUUAUGAUUGGUUACUUUUCUUUGUCCGUACCCUCAGGGCUGAGCCUUUACUGGUUGACCAACAAUGUGUUAAGCACGGCUCAACAAGUGUACUUGCGGCAAUUGGGUGGUGCUCAACCAAUAGUAGACAAGGAAGGUUCAGGUAUCAUUAGUGCUGGUCAGGCUAAGCGGACCCCCCUUCCACCUUCAGCUUCUACUUCUGCUACUGUCACUGCUGCCCCCACGAGUUCAGCAAAGGACAACCGCGGUUCAAGGUUCAAGCAGUUGAAGGAAGAAGAUGCCAAAAAGAAAGGGAGUCGUAGGAAAUCAGCUGAGGAAGCAUCAAAAGCUGCUGCUGCCAAGGGCGCUGAAGAGCGAGAUAACCUGUUGAGGGCACAAUUAGCUCAGGACGCGCAGAAGUCAACUGAUGCAUCCGAGGAAACUAGUGACGAAGAGCAAUAUCAGAAUGAAGAGAAGGAGGACUCUGAUACUUCAAAGGAAGAAGCUUUAGCUACAAAUGGAGCAGUAGGAAAUUCAUCGGCGAAAAUAAAGGGGAGAUCGAAAAGAAGACGAUCACCUUAAGUGCUCUCUUCAUUGAUAGUGGAAUAUUUGAUUUUGAAGUUGAGUUUAGUGUGAUCCAGCCUUUCUCUUGGGGAACGCAAUUGUGUGCCGGUAACUUAAGUAAUCGCUUCAUUUGCACAUCUCUGGUGCAGAAUUUUGCAGUUCAACCCGAGUCUCUAGAUGAAGUUGGAGUUAUUGACGUUAUCCAACUUUUCUUUAGAGGGGUUGGAUAUUGCGGCCAGUCUAGAAGUUGUAGCUCUUCAGCUAGAGAUAGAGAGCAACUUCAGCUUUAAUAUUCUACUUCAUGUUGGUAACGGUUCUUGUGUUUCUAUAAGUGAAUCGAUACGCUGAGUCGAAUGAUAGCUUUUUCUUCCUUGUAGUUAUUCACAUAUUCUUCGAAAUUACAUUGACCUGCUGAAUCUAUGCUGA